UUUAGGAGCCACGCAAGGUGCUGAAGACAGACGUGGAGGGAAACAGAAAUGGAAGAUAUUGUUAAUAUAACAGACAUCUGGAAACAAGAGAGAUGACGAGAAGAAUGGGAUAUUAUCAGUGUAUCGUGAGCUAUGGAAGCCACGGCCUCGUAUGAUGUGGGAUGGCAAUGUGGAUAUGUCUCAUAGCGCUCGUGUUGAUGUUGGCUCCAGUGGAACCGGGGCCUCGCUACAGUUCUCGCAUUGUGGACACGCAAGCCGGCCCGGUCCGUGGGGUGAUACAGAACUCAAACUCUCGCCACGUAGAGCCUGUAGAGAUAUUUUACGGGAUCCCGUACGCGGCACCUCCUGUGGGUGCCAGGAGGUUUACGGCAGCACAGGAGCCCCUGGCAUGGGUAGGUACGCGGCUAGCGGAUACUCUGCCUCCAGUCUGUCCUCAACAACUGCCAGACAUCACCAAUGUGUCUGCGACCUCGAAAACCCGCCUGCAACAGAUCCGACAAUUGCUGCCUCUUCUCCACCGUCAGAGCGAGGACUGUCUGCACCUCAACAUCUACGUACCGGGGAGCGGGAGUCGAGGGAUGUACGCUCCUUAUGCCGUUAUUGUGUACGUGCACGGCGAGUCUUACGAGUGGAACUCUGGAAACGCUUACGAUGGUCGCAUCCUGACCGGCUAUGGUCAUGUUAUCUUCAUCACCGUCAACUUUCGCCUCGGUGUCCUAGGUUUUCUAAAAACACGCGGAGAUCUGUCAGACAAUCAACACUGUUGUUUUGCCAUAUCAGACAUCGAGGCAGCCUUGCGAUGGGUAAACUCCAACAUCGCCGCCUUCGGAGGUGACCCGACCCGAGUGACUCUGGUGGGACAUGAUACCGGCGCUGCACUAGUCAAUGCGUUAAUGCUUCUCACCUCGGCCAGAGGCCUCUUUCAUCGAGUGACUCUAUUGUCAGGGUCAAUGCUGAGCCCUUGGGCGGUGGCUUCAUCGCCCCACUCUGUUCAUCUCCAGGUCACCGAGCAAGUCGGUUGUGCCACACCAAACUCUGCCUCAGACCACGUUCUUCACUGCCUCCAGGAGUUGCCACUCAAGUCUCUGAUGGAAGUAAAGUUAGAAGAUCGCAGGUUUCUUACACAGUUUGGCCCCUGGUUCUCACUCAACCCCUCGCUGGAGAUCGAGCGUGCCGGUGACACCUUCGUCGACCGUCAAAUGCUACUGGGCCUCACUUCUAUUGAGAGCUUCCGUGAACUCGCCGCCCAGCAAAUAGAAACUGGCCUUCAUCCCGACGAAAAGGACGAGAUUUUGAGGAUGUUCGUUAACAACGUGUACUCUCAUCACUUAAAGGAGAUCUUCUCGGCUGUGAGGAAUGAGUACUCGGAGUGGAACGAGACAGCGGACACUCCACUCAUAGUUCGGGACUCACUCCUGUUGGCUCUCAGUGAUGGACUCACGGCGGCACCCCUUGUGAAGCUGGCCUACCUCCACUCCAGACGUGGUUCCACCACAUAUCUGUUCCACCUGUCCCACCAGGUGGACAAGGACCUUCGCUCUUUGAUGGUUGAGAGCAGAUACCAUGGUUCUAAGCCUUUUGCUGACAUGUUCCACAUGGCCGCUCCAUGGCUUAGGCCAAGAGGAGGAAAGUCCACAAGCGAUUCUAUUGACACCAUAGCGGAAGAGUCGGAGACCAUCGGCAGCGGCAGGUUGGUAGCGGGCGGUCCCACUGGGUCGGGGCCGGGGCAGGUCUCUAUGCGGUCGAGAUCCACAGUCUCUGUGCGGCAGGUGGUCGUGCUGGUAGAUUUUGAAGCCUCAGCAUUCAAGGAUGGACAAAGUCCUGAAGAUGAGUCGACGUUCCGCCUUGCACAGCAACAGGGGAAAAUGAGGGUGAAUCCUUUCCCCGCCGCUAUCGCACCUGGACGCUCAGUGCGCAUGCGUGAACUCAGACGACGCUACUGA